AUGAACGCCGAAGUUAUUCCAACGGGGAACUCUGAUGUGGUUGGCUCUCAGAUUGUCAAGAUCUGCGACCACAUCCACGAUCUCGGCCUGACGCCCAAGAAAUUUAUUCUUGGCUUUCUUACAUCUAAUAAUCCUGAACUGGUUUAUCGCCGCAGACUCAUCAGAGCGGGUGUGGGGUGGUCCGGUACGGUGGAUAUACUGGAAGGAUUUCGCAACGUGCUCAUGGGUAGUCCAGAGGGUGCAGCGCGCUGGAAAGAAUUCAUUUUAGAUGAGGCUUCCUCCUUUGUCAAUAUCAAAAACAUACGAGCAGGCCCCUACCCACAAGGCGCUCAAGAGGCCGAGGAACAUCGCGAGCGUCAAGUCAAGAACUCCAUGAGCUUUUUGCAUGAGCUGAUUCAAAGGAAGCUGCGUGUAUCUUUGGACAUUCCCGAUGUCGCCGCCGAAGAUUCGGAACCUGUGGAUGAUGAUGAUUCCCAGGACUUUCCCUCGGAAGAACCCCCUUCAAAUGCCACCUUGUCAGAAUCACAACUCCUAGAGAACCCUUCCGAUGAAGCGGCAAUUCUAUCACUUGAUAACCUUGUGUACAUUUUGAAGCGGGCUGCUGGCUUAAGAGAGCAUAAGCUGAGAACACUUCCGCUGGCCAUUUGUUUGAUGUUGGCGUUUGCCUGCAACAGAAGAAGCAAUGCAAUGCAGGUGUUGAACGGAGUGACCUUUGUUGCCGGCGGGAACAUUGUCCGGCCAUUUCUCUGUUUUGACAACAUAGAUAUCCAUCUACGCAUACACAACCUUCGAAUGGAUACCGCCAGUCAGACUUUUCACGGGACGUGGGGUUUUAUACAUGUUCCUCCGCCUGCUGUGAUGGAAGGGGUUGAAGCCAAGGAUGUCAAUUUUGUAGCUUUUGAAAAGGCCAUGGCCGCGGCUGAAGGUAAACCAGUCGAUGUUCAAAUGUUCAUUCCCACAGCCCACGAACUGUUGCAUUGGAAGAGUGUCAUCCUGGCUCAGAUAGCCAAUGUUUUGAAGACUUAUGUCGAACAUCUUCUGGGAAGUGAGACUGUCAAGCUGGCCGAUUUACAAACUCACCCUCCACCGAUAGAGCCAAUUGAAAUGUAUAAACCCAACAUUUUUUUCUUACGCUUGAUGGAUGCUCCGGACUCUUCGGCGGAUGGUGUUUCUCGCGUGAUCAAUCAGGUUCUUGCUCAGAUAGGUGUGGAUGUUGAAACCUUCUCGGAAGGCCUCCUGGUUGCUGAGGGAGAUGUCGGCUCUAAUGAGCUGGGCAACGGAACAGAUAUACAAAGAUUAAUGUAUCGAUUCUCUGCCAAUAUUCCGCUGCUUAGAGCUCUUAUUCAACAAUUGAAAUUGCGUUCGGGUAACAAUCUUUCGUUUCAAAACAACCCAAACAAAGUCACCACCGAGUCAAUGAAGAACUUUUUACAAUAUGCCCGAAACAAGCUCUCUCCAGCUUCCACUGUCCAGAAACCAUCACCUGUUGCUAAUGUUUUUGCAGAGGGUGUUAAAGUCAUGAUCCGUACCACUAGGACUGAAAGAGCCUUGGGUCUAGGGUCUCAAUUCCAAUGGGGAGGUCCGAACCAGAAACCGCGGUCAUGCCACUACCAUUGCAGUGGGUUGACAACUGGCUGA